AUGGCAGAGUCGACGUUGGGGAAUCUGAUCGAAGAAACAAAUGCUGAAAUAGAAUUUAGGAAGGAAAAGAUAAAUAAUUUAUUUGAGGAAGCUGGAGAAGUUUUUAAAGGAAUUGAUGAAGAAAUGGUGAAUUUAGUUGGGAAAAUUGUGGAAUAUGGGUUAACCUUAUCUGAUAUUGAUAUAAUAAAUAUUCAAUUAGAUGAAAAAAAAGAAAUGCUAAAGCACUCACUUGAAAUUAUAAAUCUUGACAAAUUAAUUUGCGAAAGUGAUGCAAUAGCAAAAACAGAUUUAGAAAACUCACUGCUCAAAUUCUUUGAAAUAAGACAAAAAAUGAAAAACUAUAAUCAGAUUGAAUCAAAACUGAUAAAUAAUUUAAGAAGAAAAUAUGACAAGACUGAAAUAGAAAUUUCAGAAAAUGUAAGCUUAACUUGAAUGAAAUUUUUAGAAAUUUCUCAGUCUGAAAUCAUAAUUAAGCAAUACCUUAUAAAGCCUCGCAAGCUUACUAUUGAACAUUUUUUAGAACUUGUCAAUGAAGCAGGAAUGAUUGAAAGCAUAUAUAAAAAACUUGAUGAAAAUUUAGAAUUAAUUAUGAAAAAUAUUCAAUUUAUCAACGUCACAGAGGCUUUUGAAGACGAGUCCUAUAUAUUAAAACUGGAAAAUUUAGGAAUAGAGCAUUCUAUUGAUGAAAUUUUGCAAAAUCUUAUGAAAAUAAUCAAUGCAUUAUUCUGCAAAGUAUUUAGCUCAAAUCAAAAGUAUUUUUCUAAAUUUAAUUUCAAGAAUUUUCUUGAACCUUUUAUCGCUUAUAUAAAGAAUAUUUCGGCUAAAUGCGUUUUUUCAAUUGAAAACUAUCACUACACAUACCAUAAACUUUGAAAUUUUGAAAAUCAACUUAGCCUUAAAGGAUUUAUCCCAAACAAUUAUAGAAAUCUUUCACAUAUAAUAGAAAAUUGUGAAGAAUUCCAUAUUUUGCAAGAACAAUUUAAUGUGCUAUAGCCCUUUCCCGGCUAUAGAUCGGGCUUAACCCAAUCUUCGCCGCGAAACUCGGGGGUUGUCUCCGUCACUUUGAGGUGACGAGUCAACUCCCCGAGUUUCGCGGCAAAUAACUGCUAUAGAGGCUGCCUUUGAGUAGCGCUCUAAGCGCCCGAGACUUCCUGACGAAGUCUGGGCGGUGGUUUGACCAGCUGAUGUUGGUCAAACCAGCAUCCAAUUUGACAAACCUUCUGUAUGAGAAGAAUUUGUCAUUUUGGAUGUUGGUUUGACCAACAUCAGCUGGUCAAACCACCGCCCAGACUUCGUCGGGAAGUCUCAUGCGCUUAGAGCGCUACUCAAAGGCAGCCUCUAUAUAUGGUGAUUUGCCAACUCGGGGAGUUGACUCGUCACUUCAAAGUGACGGAGACAACCCCCCGAGUUUCGCGGCAAAGAUCGGGUUAAAGCCGAUCUAUAGCCGGGAACGGCUAUAUCACAAGUUAAAGAGUUGCUAUUAAGCCCUAUGGAUCGAAAUACAGUUGGCAUAAUUGAUACAUCUAUAGUUAAAGGUACAGGAACAAAAUGCAUUUCAGAAAACACCCAAAAGAUCAUUGAUAUUAUAUUUUCAUUAUUAGACAAUGCAAACAGCCAGAAAACAACCCCUCUAGCACUUCAUAAAAUAAAGCUGGCCAAGCAAUGCUUGCAACUUUUUCAGGCUUUGAGGCCUUAUUCAGCAAAUAUUCACGAUAAAUCUCUUUUAUCUUUAUCCCUUUUAUAUAAUGACUGCGAGCAUAUGAUCGAUCAAAUCCAUUUAAUAGACUCAGACUAUACCCCAAAUCUCCCUAAUAAUUUAAAAUAUAUUUUGUAUCUAGAUGACCUCAUCGAGAUACUUAGAAAAGAUGGAAAAACAGCUUAUUCUUCAAUAGUUGACCAAUGAAAGAAAAAGGUAAUAGAAUCUGUCCAAUAUAUAAAUUUAACAAUGAUUGAUACUAAGGGCCCAGAAAUAGAGAGGUCUCUAGAUACUGCUAUAAACUUGCUGACCACUAUAAAAAACUCCUGUGAUGGUAUUUUGCCAUGACUAGAUUUGCAUACUAUAAUUGGAACGAUCCUCGAUUCUUUAAUAUCUCAUAUAAUCUCCUUAAUAAUCAAGCUAGAAGACAUUUAUCCGGAGGACACCCCAAUGCUGAAACAUUUAAUGGAUAAAAUUUCUGAAUGCUCUGAGCUUUUCACCAAUUCUACUCCAGGUCGGUUUACGCCAAGUUGAGAUAAGCUUGAACUUUUAAUUGAGAUUUUUGAUAGCGAAUUAAAAGGGAUAGUCCAAAUGCAUAAAGAUCACAAAUUUAAAGAUAAGUUCACGUUAUAUGAAAUAAGGCAAUUAGUAAAAGCUUUAUAUGUAGAUUCUCCGCAGCGAACUGAAGAAUUAAGAUUACUAGUUUAA